AUGUCAAAAGUUAUCGCAGAAGAAUGUAACUAUGACAUAGAGUGUCUUCGAGUAGUGUUUACUGACGUCUACGAUACUCUAAAUACUGACCAAAAGCACAACUUUGAUAUGGUUGUAAUAUCAGUUUUACAACAACUGGAAAAGGUUUUCACCUUGAGUGCGAGUGGUGGAACUGGCAAAAGAUAUCUUAUGAAUACCAUCAUAGAUUUUCUAUGUUCGGAGAAAAAAAUCGUACUCGCCAUAGCCUUAUCUGGUAUUGUAGCAACAUUGCUGAACAAUGACUGGACACAUUAUUCUCGGUUCAGAGUGUCCAUAAACAUAACACCAGAGUCCUGCUGCUAUGUAUCAUCUCAGGAUGCAGGUGCACAACUUUUCAGAAUGACCAGUCUAAUAAUUGACGAUGAAGUUACUGGAGUCCGUUGCUCUACUUUAUAG